AUGGAGGUUAGUUCGAAAAUAGCAAAAACAUUUAAACGCUUUACAAUACCCCGAAGUACUUCAUCAAUUGGUUCUUUUACAACAUCAAACGGUACUGCAACUAGUAUAGAACAAAAUUCAGAAGAAUUAACACCACCAUCAUCAUCACAUCAUAAACAUCCUCCACUUUCUUAUGCUCAACAUCUUCGACCAAUAUCACAACAUCAUUCACAAGAAGAUAUAAAUACGUCACAUCUUCAACAACAAAAUUAUUAUUUAUCUACUCGACCAGUAAGUAGUGAUAUUUCAUCAUUUAUGAGUCGUUCAGCAUCAACAGAUUUAAAUACAUCAACAAAUGAAUAUACAACAAAAAAAAGCAAAUUGAAUUUAAGUAAUAAAAAAUCUUCAAACACACGUGAUAUUAAUUUUAAUGAUAUAAACGAUUUAUCUCUUGAUAGUAAUAAUGAUACAACAAUAAAAACAAAUGAAAAACAUCGUUCAUCAAUUAAAUCUUUAUUAACAAAAAAAUUUCAACCAUUAACAGUAUCAUCAUCUGUUAAUAUAACAGCUAAACCAAAAAAACCACGUAAUUCAUUUCGCCAAUUUUCUCAUUUUCUUAAACGAAGUCAUAGUACAAAUACAGAUCUAUCAACAAUAGCAAAAGCAACUAAUCAACAAAAUUCACUUAAUGCUGAUCUUGUUUAUCCAUAUUUACAAACUAGAAUUUCCGAUAACUCUGAUUCAACAUAUCCAACAUGUUUAAGUACAAGUCUUAUAUGCAAUACUAAUGGUACAACAUUAGUACCAAUAUCUGAAGAAGAAAAUUCACUUCCAAUACAACAACAAAAUCGAUUACAACAAACAUAUGAUAAUAUAGAUCAAAUGAGUUCAAAUCAAUCAGAUAGUGGAACAUUAAUGCAUCAAUAUAUACAAAAAACUGUUGCCAAUCUUAGUGCAUCAUCCUCAUCACUUUCGGGUACUUCAUCGACAUCGAAUAAAUAUCAAAAUGGUAAUAAUCAUUUUCAACAACAAGAUGAUUCAAUAAUACCAUCGAAAUAUUCAUCAUACGAAACAUCGACUACUGAUAAAACACUUUCUGUUGUUAAUAAUCAUAAUAGUAGUAAUAAAAUAUAUUUAACUAAUUCAAUCAGUUUACAUGGAGAUGUUAACUAUUUAAUGAAUAAUAAUCAUUUAUCUACAUCAAAUACAAAUAAUAAUAGCAAAGCUAUUCAUCAAACAAUGUCAUUAAAAGCAGAUAGUGAAAAUACAAAUAUAAAUCAACAAGUAACAAAAGUUAAAAUGCGUGAUCAUAGUGCAAAAAAGAAAAAAGGUUUACGUGAACUUAAAUCACGUAUAUCAUUACCACCUGAAUUAAAAAAUGGUUAUGUACAAGGUACAAAUAAUAAUAAUAAUAUUAAUUAUCAAACAACUGAAUCAAAUAAUAUUCGAGGAAAAUUAGCACAACGUUCAUCCUAUUAUCAAACUACUUCAUCAUCAGUUCAAGCGCUGAAUGAUGUUUUAAAUCAAUCGAAUAUAUCAUCAUCAUCACGUUUCUCACCACAAUUUGCCUCAAGCACAGGUGGACCAUUAAGCCGAAAUGAACAUCGACUUUCAAUGCUUGAUCUUGGUUUUGGUAAAAUUGAAUCUUAUGUCAAAUUAGAAAAAUUAGGAGAAGGUACUUAUGCAACGGUUUAUAAAGGUACAUCGAGUUUGCUUAGUGGCUAUGUUGCAUUGAAAGAAAUUCGACUUGAACAAGAAGAAGGUGCACCAUGCACAGCAUUACGUGAAGUGAGCUUAUUAAAAGGUCUUAAACAUAAUAAUAUUGUUAGUUUAUAUGAUAUUAUAUUUGAUAAAACAACAUUAACACUUGUAUUUGAAUAUGUUGAAAAAGAUUUAAAACAAUAUAUGGAUGAUUGUGCAAAUAUGCUUAAUUUGAAAAAUGUUCGUUUAUUUUUAUUUCAACUUUUACGUGGUCUUGAAUAUUGUCAUGCAAGAAAAAUUCUUCAUCGUGAUUUAAAACCACAAAAUUUAUUAAUUAAUGAACGUGGUGAAUUAAAAUUAGCUGAUUUUGGUCUUGCACGUAUUAAAUCAUUUCCAACAAAAACAUAUUCACAUGAAGUUGUUACAUUAUGGUAUAGACCACCAGAUGUUUUACUUGGUAGUACAGAAUAUUCAACACCAAUUGAUAUAUGGGCUGUUGGUUGUAUUUUUUAUGAGAUGGCAUGUGGUCGACCAUUAUUUGCUGGUACAAAAGUUGAAGAAGAAUUACAUAUCAUAUUUAAAUGCCUUGGUACACCAACUGAACAAACAUUACCCGGUGUUACAUCAAAUGCUGAUUUUCAAGCAUUAAGAAUACCGUUUUAUAACGGUGAAUCAUUAAGGCGUUUAGCAUCACGACUUGAUCAAAAUAGUAUUGAUUUAUUAGAUAAAUUUUUACGCUAUAAUCCGAGUUCUCGAAUAUCGGCACGUGAUGCAAUGAUGCAUACAUUUUUUUCAUGUUAUCCACCAGAAAUACAUACAUUGGGACCAUUACAAUCAAUAUUAGAUUUAAAUGAAAUAUCAUUAACGAAGGAUCAUGGUUCUAAAUUUAUUUCUUCAUCGCUUAUGAAAACGGCUAUUUCAAAACGAUCGAGUGUUCAUCUGUGA